AAUUAUUCCAACAUAUUCGUUAAUGAAAGCAAGAGACUUCAUAGAAAUUUCUAACAGAGAGGAAGAACGCUUCAGGAAAACUACCAGACCUUGUCCUCUUCCCCCAAGCAUCAUUGAGCAAAAAGUUGAGCGCUUGACUCCUCAAAAAUACCAGUACUACGAUGGGAACUCAGCUGUCGUCGGAAGUCCGUUUAAUGAAACUGGAAGUCGCAACAAUGAUUUCACAUCUAAAAGCUUUGUGUCCAAUUCUAUUUUCUACGAACACCACAAGCCAGGCUAUGCAACUAGCGACAUGUACCUGACCAUGAGCAACUUGCACCAGAGCAGGUCUGUGGAGAGGCAGAGUCCUGGGAAGCAGCUGAGAAGAGAGGGAGGCACUCCUACAAAGAUAGAAUCGUUUAGGCCCAAGUCAAAGGUAAACACCAACAUGACAACCAUGAAAAAUGACUUUGUUGGAAAUAUCCAUGACAUUUAUAAAGUAAAGCUAGGAAAAACCCUCAAACAUUAUCUCGAUGAUGACUCUCAAUUGAAAUGAGGGAGAAAGAGAGUAAAAGAUAAUAAAGAGACCUUAAAUAUAUUCACAACUCAAAGCCCUCAAAUCUUGCCAAAUAAAAAUAAAUCCAGAAAUCAUGUUAUGGAGAGAUGAGUCACGGCACCAACACUCGGAAAUGAAAAUAUCGAGAUUGAAGAAAGUGCUUCAAAGAAGCCUCCUAAAAUUCCUGUUAAGCCAGGGAUUAAUCAUAGAGAAAAGUAUACAAAUAAAGUAUCCCCUGAAAAGACACAUCGUCGGUCAAGCCAUCAAGAGAAGUUUUCUGAUACAAAGAGUCACUACUCAAAUAGAAGCACCUCAAAAAUAAAUAAAUCAAAAUCUCCUAUAAAGAACAGGAGUAGAUCACGUUAUUCCAGGAAUGGCUCAAAGCACAUGGUGACCCCUCCAAGAGGAAAGUUACAUCUUUCUGCAAACAAGCAGCGUGAAUUGAACUUAUCUGCAAGCAGAAGUGAUAACUACAAUAUCCUCACUGGACAAAAACGUAAUGAAACUAAGGAAGUACACAUAAAUUCAGAGUUUAGCUCUCCUAAAGCUGCCGGUGUCGUAAAAGAAAGAGAGGAAAGGAUCAAAACACCCAAUUAUGACAUCAGAAAAGCUCCAGGAAUGCAUAAAAAGAUUUUAAAAGAUCUAAAAGAUAACGACUGAAUGUGGCUAAAUCAUCUCUCCAGAGAAGAGCUUGUUAGGAAGGUCAGGGAAGAUAGGAUUGAUAAUAUGCAAGAUUACAUCUUGAGAAAUCCUCAGAAAUAUACUGAAAAUGUUACCUGCCAAGAAAUUUCUGAUAGUGAAAUGCAGAAAAAGGGGAUUCUAAAUGAGAUGAGUGGUGACCCCAUUCUUCAGGUUCAUUGUCUGAAGCAAAAGAAGAGAGAUAAACUAAAGAAAUAUUUGUACAGACAAAAUCCCAGGAAAGGAGGACAUGAGUACAACAAAUGGCUACUUCAAAAUUCAAAAGGAGCAUCUCUUACAAUGACUCCUGACAAGACCUUUGGUAGGGUUAUUCCUAUAGAUAAGGAACAGUAUCAUAGAGAUCUUGUGAACCAGAUCCAAAUGGAUAAAGUCCGGAAAGAAAGCGAAAAGACUUUAGGUUUUCAUGAAAGACAGAAGAAUCAACUAUGUUACGAAAGAAAAAUGAAGACUCUUGAAAAGAUCAUUAACACCUCUAGGGCUGACCGCAGGAAGAGGUACAUCAACCAGGUCUGCAAGAAGUCCUGAAAGAACCUCAAAUAAGCCUUGUGGACAUUUUGACUUGUGAAGUAUUGCUUGAUAAAGGAAUUAUUU